AAAUAAGGAAAGAACUUUGAACGGCAGAAUGAUACGAGACAUCAUAACCAUUCCAUACAUCUCACACAUUGUAUCAUGUCUCUCCAACCCAAAUUUCAAAACAUAAACCAAACUGGAGGGAAAAUCCAUUAAUUCACUUAUACCCCCAACCCUAAUUUUCGAUUCUGAAUUCGUGUUUGAAUUUGGGUACAAAUGGCUGAAAUCUUAAGCCCUAGUCGGAGGCAAAGAAUUCCCGUGGCAUCUCCGACCAGCCCCUUCUUCUUGGGCUCCAACGACGACACACGGGAGCGUGCCCAGGCCCGAGAGGCUCGGGCCGCUGCUAUCCGCCGGAAGGUAGUCCAUGUUCCGCCUGCAAACCAGGUUGAUUCUCCCUGUUUGGGAAAGGACCAGAUUCUCGAGUUGUUAGAUAAUUGCAUCAAACUCGCCAGCGAAAAUAAAAUUAAUCAAAAGAAUACGUGGGAACUGAACUUGAUCGACCAUCUAGGUGAGAUUAUUAAGGUGGAAGAAGAAAAUAGUGUGGAGACUAAUUUUCAAAAGGCAAGCUGCACUCUUGAAGCUGGAGUCAAGAUAUACUCAGCGAGGGUGGACUCACUGCAUUCAGAAGCUUACAAAGUUCUUGGUGGAAUUAAUAGAGCCGGUCAAGAAGAUGAAGAUACCAUAAUGGAGGAUGCCAGUGUUCAAACUGGAAAUGAGGAAGGCAAGUCGAAGAAAGACCUGGAGAAAAAGCUGUCACCUUUGUCGACACUGGAAUCAUCUUUUGAGGCUCUUAAUUUGAAGAAAUUUGACGUUGCAUUUGCAGUUGAUCCACUCUAUCAUCAGACAUCUGCACAAUUUGAUGAAGGUGGAGCUAAGGGUCUCUUGCUGAAUAAUCUUGGAGUAUAUGCUGGAUGUCGGGUGCUUUUUGAUUCGCAAGAAGUACCAAUGAAGGACACAUUAUGUGCUAACCAACAUUAUGAAUCAGAUACAAUUGACCUUUCUUUUAUCAGAGAAUAUGUUGAACAGAUGGUCCUGAACAUACAAGUGAAGAAUGAAAUCUCACCAACCCUUAAGAUUAUCAUCAAUGAGUUUGAUGAAGACAAUAGAAGGCCAGUAGAUGCUUUCGGUUCUAGCCAGAAAGUGAUAGAUGAAGUUGAAGCUCUGAAGAAUAAUGAAGUUGAAUUUGAUGGUAAUGCAUAUGAGGAUUAUGGGACCUCAGCUUUUGAUCAUGAUGACCAGAUCUCUGGUUUUGUUCAUGAGGAUCAUUCAAGCAUUGUUGAUGAGAACAUCAAUGGUGUAGAUCAAACUUUUCCAGGUUACGACGAGAAUUGCUUUUUGCAGGAAACUGAACCAUUUUCUUCCCACGACCUUAAUAUGGAUGAUAGAUUUGAGAAAGUUGAUGAAUGUUUGUUCUUAAGUUUGGGAUUUUCUUCAAAACAAAAUGCCUGGGCGGGUCCUGAUCAUUGGAAGUAUCGAAAAGUCAAAGAUCCAGUAGCAGAAGAUGAUCCUGCUCAAGAAAAUGCAUCACUGGUAACAAAUAAGAAAAAAAGGAGUAAGAAACAAGCAGAACCUGAUAUAGAUUUCACAAGGGCCUUAGAUGAAGAGUUACCAGAUAUAUUUGCACCUCCAAAAAAUCCGAAGUCAUUAUUGAUGCCUGCAAGUAGAACACCUCGUAAUACAAUGCUACCUGAAGAUUGUCAUUAUCAACCGGAGGAUCUUGUCAAAUUGUUUCUUCUACCUAGUGUAAUGUGCCUUGGAAAGAGGAGAAGAAGAAAGUCCUCAGUUGAAUCCAGACUAGAAAGUGAUGAUUGUGAACCAGUGCCAUCCUGGGGUGACGACACAUUUGGUUGCCAAUUUGAUGAUGGAAAUGAUCAAAGUGAUGUGGAGGACUACAACACACUUGUCCCUCAACCUCGCCAGAUACAAAAAAUUGAAGUUGAGUACGACAAAACUUCUAAACAAGUUGAUGUUCAGACUUUGAAAGAGACCAUAUGGGCUCAGAUACAGGAAUCUGCACAAAUGGGUGUUGAGGGUCAAGAAGAGGAGCCACAAUCAUUCAGAAAUCUCUUGGCGAAAUUUCCUACCGACUGCCGAGCUGCUGCAACCGUCAAGGAUAUCUCACCUCAUCUGUGCUUUAUAUGCCUAUUACAUUUAGCUAAUGAGCAUGGUUUGAGCAUCCAUGGGUGCACCAGCUUGGAUGAUCUUCGUAUACGGCUUCCUGCAAAUGGUAUGCUUGCAACUAAUUACUGAAGUGUGAAGCAUCAUAAUCUUUCUUAUGGUUGUUUCUGGAAUAUGUGUAUCCAGUGGAAGCCACAACUCCGUUUACUUAGUUCGCUGUGUCUCACGUUCACACUGAAUUUGGUGCUACAAAACUGUAACAUUUUGUGAAUUUGUCUUGAUUUGUCUAUCUGCAGGCUGAUCUGGCAAAUAGCCAAUUGGAUAUAUAUCCCUUAUUACAUCGUUCCUCAUUCUUGAAA